AUGGUUGUUUUUACUUUUAUAUCUGGUUUAUGUGGAUUGUUGAAAAGUUUAUUAGCGAUAGCUUUCUUUAUAUUGGGUGAACGUAAGGUACUUGGGCAUUCUCAAUAUCGUAAGGGUCCUAAUAAGGUUGGAUUUUUGGGAUCGUUUCAAAAGGCGCAUAUUUUUGAUCUUAUUGGUGUAAUGUUAUUGGUUGUGUUGUCGGCGUUUUAUUGUUUUGUUUAUGGUGAUUAUUAUGGGUCAAAGAUUAUGUGGUUAUGCUGCACCAUGUACCUGUUGAGGCAGUUUUAUAAUUAUUCAUUUUCGAGUUCUAUUCGUUGUAGGUUUAGAGGCAUAUUAUGUACUCCGUUUGAUUAUGGUGAAGCUGAAAGGGAGUUGAUUGGCGUAGUGUUAUUUUUGGGAGAAGCUCGGGCUACGUUACCACGUGUUCGUUAUGAUUUUUUUGUGAGAUUUUUUUGGGAAAUUGGUUUAUUAAUGAUUAUAUUUAGUAAGUAUGAUUAUUGUUUUUGUUGUGGGUUGUUGAAAAGAAAUAUCUUUAUUGUUAAAUAUGCCAACACAGGGGUUUUAUGUAUUGGAGUUUUGGGGGUAUUAUAUAUUUUUAUGUAUAUUGUUAGUUGGUUUAUUGGUUGA